AUGGCUGAAGCUACGGCAGCCGACGGUCAGAUGAAGGAUCUUUCCAUUUCUGAGACCAAGAAGAGCAAGAAGGACGGCAACCCCCAAAAGGCUGCUAAGAAGCCUCAGCAACAAAAGAAGAAGAUUGAGGGAUCAGCGCUCAUUGGUAUCGAUGUCGCAAAAGAGGUUGAUCUUGGAGAAUGGUACCAGCAGGUCAUUACUAAGGGCCAGAUGAUCUCAUACUACGAUGUUGCCGGAUGCUACAUUCUCGAACCAUCCUCGUAUGCCAUCUGGGAGAACAUCAAGUCCUGGUUCGACGCACAGAUUAAGACACUCAAAGUCAGGAACGCCUACUUCCCAAUCUUCAUCAGCGCAGACAACUUGGAGAGGGAGAAGGAACACGUUGAGGGCUUUGCUGCCGAAGUCGCCUGGGUGACAAAAGGUGGCAAGUCUGACCUCGAGAAGCCUGUCGCUGUGCGCCCUACCUCCGAGACCGCCAUGUACCCUUACUUCGCUCGCAAGAUCCAGUCCCAUCGUGAUCUGCCCCUAAAGCUUAACCAAUGGAACAACGUUGUUCGGUGGGAGUUCAAGCACCCUAUGCCAUUCAUCCGAUCGCGCGAGUUCCUCUGGCAAGAGGGUCACACUGCGCAUCUUACAAAAGAAGAGGCUAGCGCAGAGGUUCUGCAAAUUUUGGACUGGUACUCUGACGUCUACCAAAACUUGCUCGCCGUUCCCGUCGUCAAGGGAACCAAGACCGUCAACGAGAAGUUCCCUGGAGCCGACUACACCACAACUAUCGAGGGUUUCAUUCCUGCAACAGGCCGUGGUAUUCAGGCUGCAACUUCCCAUUGCCUAGGACAGCAUUUCUCAAAGAUGUUCAACAUCACAGUCGAGGAUCCUCACGCGAAGGAGUCUGGCAAGUCAGAGCAUGUCCACGUCUGGCAAAACUCAUGGGGUCUGACUACCCGCUCAAUUGGUGUCAUGAUUCUGACUCACGGUGAUAACCGGGGUUUGGUCAUCCCUCCUCGUGUGGCUGAAAUUCAGGUUGUCGUCAUUCCUGUCGGUGUUACAGCCAAGAUGUCCGCCGAAGACAAGGAAAGCCUUUACAGCAAGGUCAAGAAGAUUUCAGACGACUUGAAGGAAGCAGGCGUUCGCGUUGAGACCGACUACCGUGAAGGCUACUCCCCUGGCUGGAAGUUCAACGACUGGGAGCUCAAGGGUAUCCCUCUGCGAAUCGAGUUCGGCCCUAAGGAUGCUGAGAAGGGCGUUGUCACCACCUCGCGCCGCGACAUUGACGACAAGGAUGCUGCACGUGGUACUAUCAACGUUGAUGACCUUACAAAAGAAGUUCCCAAGCUUCUCGAGCAGAUUCAAAACGAUAUGUUCGAAAAGGCUGACAAGACUUUCCGCAGCCAUCGCGUGCAGCUCACCAACUGGGACGACUUCGUUCCCACUCUUAAUGCCAAGAACGUUGUUCUUGUUCCUCACUGCGAGGGCGAUAAGUGCGAGGACGAGGUCAAGGCCAAGAGCGCCAGAACAGCGUUGGGUGAUGGUGUCGCUGAGGACAAGCAAGCCCCUGCCAUGGGCGCAAAGAGUUUGUGUAUUCCUUUCGACCAGCCUGAGGGUAUUGAGCCUGGCAAGACCAAGUGCAUCAACCCCACCUGCACGACUCCAGCCAAGCAGUGGAUCUUGUUCGGACGAAGCUACUAA